GUGUGUAUAUAUAUGUGUGUGUGUGUGUGUCUCUCAACACAACACGUAUUUUGACGCCCUUCACUUCCACUUCCACAUUGUACUUCUGUCUCGGCUAAAUUCUCUCCUUCUUCUUCUUCUUCUUCUUCGUUGGUCUCUUACUGCAUCAUGGAUCCUCCAUUCGACGAAAUAUACAAAACCCUUUUGUGCAAACAAGUCACAAACACUGAAAAGCCACAUGAAAAGUCCGAACCCUUAAGUUUCUCGAUCACGGCCGUUGAGGAAGUGGAGCUUCCGGUGAUCGAUCUCAGCCGUUUGAUCGACAACGAGGACGAGGAGGAAAGGGAGAAAUGUAAGGAAGAAAUCGCAAAAGCUUCAAGGGAGUGGGGAUUUUUCCAAGUUAUAAACCAUGGUAUAUCGAUGGAAGUGUUGCAGAGGAUGAGACAAGAGCAAGUUAGGGUUUUCAGACAACCCUUCGACAAGAAAAAGAUGUCGGAGAAGUUCUCCGUCGGAAGUUACCGGUGGGGGACGCCGACGGCGACUUGUCUCCGGCAACUUUCUUGGUCCGAAGCGUUUCAUGUCCCCAUGACUGAUAUUUCUCCGGACAACAACGACUUCACCAGUCUCAGUUCGACAAUGGAGGAGUUCGCGUCGGAAUCGGAGAGUUUAGCACAGAGGUUAGCAGAGGUGUUGGCGGAGAAAUUGGGAAGAAAAUCAAACAUCUUCAAGGAGAAUUGCGGGAGGAAGACGUGUUACUUGAGGAUGAACAGAUAUCCACCUUGUCCCAACCCUUCGGAGGUGUACGGACUCAUGCCUCACACCGACAGCGAUUUCCUCACGAUACUGUACCAAGACCAAGUCGGAGGCCUUCAACUCAUCAAGGACUGUAAAUGGAUCGCCGUUAAACCCAAUCCCCUCGCCCUUAUCAUCAACAUCGGUGACCUCUUUCAGGCGUGGAGCAAUGACGUGUACAAGAGCGUGGAGCAUCGAGUGAUGACGAAUCCAACGGUGGAGAGAUUCUCGACGGCGUAUUUCUUCUGCCCUUCACACGACGCCGUUAUCGAUUGCUCUGGCGACUCUCCCAUUUACCGGAGCUUCACCUUCCGACACUUCCGACAGCAAGUCCAAGACGAUGUUCAAAAGCUCGGUUUCAAAGUUGGUCUCCCUCACUUUCUUCUUUAAUCUCAUCCAUAUUUUAAUCAUAUAUACUUAUAUAUAUAUAUAUAUAUGUUAUUCUUCCUUGUUUCGUUUUGUAUUAUUUACGUUGUUUUGAGCGGCUGCAUAUAUAUGUAUUACACAUUUUGAAUGCAUAUUAUCCCCCCUGUUAUGAA